UGGCAAAGUAAUUACUACUUGGCUCAAAUGAAUGUACGGGUGGAGGUAGCAGGUUUUCCGUUGCCCCCUGAGACUCAUUAUUACUCCUCACAGGAAUUGCCUUCUAUGGCCUAAAGUUACAUUGUUAUGGGUGAACAAAGCCCUAAUGCUAAGCACAGGUCUCAUCCUGUUGCUAUGCAUUCUCAGGAAAUGUUACAGAAGAGUUAUAGGAAUAUAUGAAUGCAUUUGACGUGCCUUUUUAACCAGGAUGGUAUUUGGGCCUACAUUAUCAUUAAUGAUAAUUGUUUGGGUCAUUCGGUAUGUAUAAAUGUUUCCUAUGGAAUUUUGUUCAGCUCUCUUGUGUUACAUUCGGGACAGUUUUGCCUAGUCCUUAGUGUAAUUUGGUCAACAUUCCAAUAGAUGUCGGUAUGAAGAAAGCCAAACAGGGCUUUAACUAGCUUUAUUGCUUUGGUUAAUUUUUCACCUGUUACUGUGGUUAUGGAUUGCAUUUCAAGAUCAUCACCAAUUUAACUUUCUCUGUCAAGCAGUUUGUGAAAUGAGUGAAAAGUAAUCCGGUAUAACCUCAACAAAAGAUCAAGAGAUCAAACCAUUUUUAAAACUCAUUUGAAAAUGUCCUCUGGAGAAAUGGACGGAAUUUGUGUAUAUCGGGGGAAAACGAACAUUCUAGGCCUUAGCUAGUUCUACUGUAUUUUCCAGCUUAGCUAGUUCCCUUGAUCUCCUUAGGGAGGAUUAGAGAAAUGCUUAGAUACAAGAAUGUGUUGACUCAGCCAUAAGUUGAAAAGAAACAAUGAAAGUGUUGGUGUAAACCAUUACAUAUGAUGUCUCAAUGAAAAAUGUCCCGAAAUGUGCCUAUCGAGGGAACUGUGGAUGAAAUAUCAACUCAGGUGUUGAACAAACAUGUGUCUUGGUUGGUUGACAAAAGCACACCCACCAAGGAAUGGGGCUAAAAUCCCCAGUGGGAUCCUUCAGUGCAUAGGACUUUGGCUUCUCUGCACUGCAGAACCUCUUCACUGAACUCCCUGCUGUCUACCCAACAAUCCACUUCCGAGCGCACCAGUGUUCAAUACCCAGAUUCACAAUGUCACUUUUCAUCCAUAUAUUGGCCUGCCUGUUUGGCAUGGGCUCCUGGGUGUCUAUCAACGGACUAUGGGUAGAGCUGCCUCUCAUCGUGCCCCAGAUCCCCGAGGGUUGGUACCUGCCAUCCUACCUAUCCGUCCUCAUCCAGAUGGCCAACGUGGGGCCCCUGUUCAUCACCCUCAUGCACCGCUUCCGCCCCGGGGCGCUCAACGAGACUGUGGUCAUCUAUGUGAUCAUCUCCCUGGGCAUGGUGGCCAGCUUUCUCCUGGCCUUCUUCUGGAAGGAGACGCUGCUGGUGGCGGGCGUCCCUCGCAGCGUGGCCCUCCUCCUCCUUACCUUCUUCCUGUCCACUGUGGACUGCACCUCCUCUGUCACCUUCCUGCCCUUUAUGAUGCGUCUGAAGCCCCAGUACCUCACCACCUACUUUGUAGGGGAGGGUGUCAGUGGCCUGCUACCCGCCCUGGUAGCCCUGAUCCAGGGGGUGGGGGUGGUCCACUGUAACAACUGCACUCAGAUGAUAAAUGACACUGGCUCAGUCAGUCUUAGCUACGAACUUCAGGCUCACUACCAGCCGGCCAACUUCUCAGCUGGGGUGUUCUUCUUCUUCCUCAGUGCCAUGAUGUUGGUGUGCCUGGGAGCCUUCAUCCUUCUAAACUACCACCCUGCCGUGGCCCGGGAACGCCCAAAUGCCCGCUACCCCAACGGGGUCCUGGAGAAAGGCGAGGCAGCUCAGAUGAACCCCACAGAGCAGAAGGCCAUGAUCAAACAGUCUGAUAUCAAGCCCAAAAGCUGCUUUGGGACCGGGACGUACAGCCGGAUACAGGUGCUGUACAUGUUCUUCAUCCUGGCCUGGGUCAACGGACUGACUAACGUUGUGCUUCCCUCAGUGCAGUCCUACUCUUGUCUGCCCUAUGGAAACAGUGCCUACCACUUAUCGGCCACCAUGGCUGCGGUGUCCAACCCUCUAGCCUGCUUCAUUGCCAUGUUUUUCCAAACAAGGUCCUUAUUGCUGUUGGGGGCUCUCACUUUGUUUGGCAGUGGGAUUGGAGCCUACAUUAUAGGCAUGGCAGUGCUGAGUCCAUGUCCUCUGCUGGUCAAUGAAACCUUAGGAACCUUCCUCAUUGUGAACUCCUGGAUCUUCUUCAUCCUCACUUUGUCCUAUGUUAAGGUGAUCAUUGGUGUUAUCCUCCGUGAUGAGGGCCACAGUGCCCUCGUGUGGUGUGGAGCAGUGGUGCAGUUGGGGUCCUUCAUGGGUGCAGUCACCAUGUUUCCCUUGGUCAGUGUGUAUAGUUUAUUUUUAUCAGGAGACCCAUGUAAUACAAAGUGCCCUUAAAUUAUGCUAAACAACGAUGAACCAGGCAUAUUCUGAGAAACUUAUUUGAUUAAUUCUUCCGAAGCAUGUGUACUUCAUUAGUAAAAAUGCAAUUGAACAACUAACUAGUGAGGUGAACAGAAUUCAACCAACUCGUGGGAGUAAAGUAAGGUAAUAUAAGGUUAUAAGGUUCAGGGUGAUUUACUAUUUGGACAACACCCUCCAAGUAUCUUGUCAUGUGACACUGGUGCUAUUGAUAAGCUACUGUCAGAGCCUCUUUUCACUUUACACUAGCAGCUUGUGGAUGGUAAAAUUAGGGACUUUUGUCAGUGCAUGCAAAUAAUACCAGGCAGCGAAUAAGCACCUUUUAGAGAGUAGCGCAUACCAGGUAGAUAGAAAGAACAUUCAGCUCUCCGGAAGAUAAAAGCCUAGUGUUUUUGUAGCAUUAAAAAAAUGUAGCAUUUUUGUUGAAUAAAUGGACUUGUGAUUAGCUAUGUCAACUAUUGUGGUUGCCCUAAUCUAAUGUUGACAGAACAAUGUCUGACAGUUUGGACUUCACAAGAGUUAUGCAGAGUCUUGAAUGGACCACUCUCACUGUGGAGAAUCUUUCAUAGGAAUUCAGUGAUUAUAUAGCAAUUUUAACAUUUGGUCCUUUAUUAUUUGGUCAUUUAUUUGGUCAUUUGUUUACUCGACUCCCGAGUGGCGCAGCGGUCUAAGGCACUGCAUCUCAGUGCAACAGGCAUCACUACAGUCCCUGGUUCGAAUCCAGGCUGUAUCACAUCCGGCCGUGAUUGGGAGUCCCAUAGGGCAGCGCACAAUUAGCCCAGCGUCGUCCGGGGUAGGCAGUCAUUUGCUCUUAACUGACAUGCCUAGUUAAAGGUUACAUUUUUAAAAAGUUAAACAAAGUAAAUUUGUGCAGGGGUUCCCAAACGUUUUCACUCGGGCCCCCCUUCACGCAUUGGGGAAUAUC